UGCACAGUGGAGACUCGCAAAAAAGGCCCCGCCUUUUACCAUUUCAGCUUUUCUUUAUUUUCAUCUUCUCUCUCACUUUCAAGAUCUCACUCAGAAUCUUUCAAUCAUCGUUACGAAAAUCUUUCUUCCAAGAUUUCAUUCUCAGAAACGAAAAAAUGGCCAUAUCUGUUCAGAAUCUGAUCAAAGAAAAGAAGUUUCCUUUCAUUUUCGCCUUCUUUGUUUUGCUCCUUUGCGCUACUUCUUUUUUAUACACAACUGACUCUCGUUUCCCUUCCUUCUCCUUAUAUGAUAUCCAAAAACAAACCAAUCCAUCUUCUUUCCAGCUUUUCUCUCCACCCCAGAUCGUCACUCCACCGCCAGUUGCCGCCGUUUCAUCACCCACCACUGCCACUACUACCGCCGACAGAAAUGAUGUUGCUAAUGGGAAUGAAAAUAAGAGCAAUGAGGGCAACUCGGUUGUUGUUGGCGGCGGUGGUAUGGAGGGGAUUGAGAAAAUACAAUGGGCGCUGUGUAAGGGGACCGUGGCGGUGGAUUAUAUACCGUGUUUGGAUAAUUUUAAGGCCAUAAAAGCACUGCACUCUAGGAGGCAUAUGGAGCAUAGAGAGAGACAUUGCCCCAAGCCAAAUCCAAGGUGUUUGCCUCCACUUCCUAAAGGAUACAAGGUGCCCCUUCUGUGGCCUAAGAGCAGGGACAUGAUUUGGUUUGAUAAUGUCCCUCACCCUAAGCUUGUGGAAUACAAGAAAGAUCAAAACUGGGUGCGCAGGGAUGGUGAUUUUCUUGUUUUCCCUGGAGGUGGCACUCAAUUCAAGGAUGGAGUUACUGACUACUUCAAUUUCAUUGAGAAGACUUUGCCAAUUAUCCAGUGGGGAAGGCGAACAAGGGUAGUUUUAGAUGUCGGUUGUGGAGUUGCUAGCUUUGGUGGCUAUUUGCUGGACAAAAAUGUUAUCACCAUGUCAUUUGCUCCGAAGGAUGAACAUGAAGCUCAGAUUCAGUUUGCUUUAGAGCGAGGAAUCCCGGCUACAUUAUCUGUCAUUGGGACUAAAAAGCUGCCAUAUCCUAAUAAUGCAUUCGAUCUGAUUCAUUGUGCACGAUGCAGGGUUCAUUGGGAUGCCGAUGGUGGAAAACCACUGAUGGAGCUCAACAGGAUACUUCGGCCUGGAGGUUUCUUUAUAUGGUCUGCUACACCAGCCUACCGUGAAGAUGUAAGAGAUCGCAAUUAUUGGAAAUCUAUGGUGGCUUUGACAAAAAUUAUGUGCUGGAAGGAUGUUGCUAAGACUAUGGUUUCACCAGGAGUUGGGCUUGUAAUAUAUCGGAAACCUGACACAUUUUCAUGCUAUGACGAUCAGAAAGAAAGAGAUCCUCCUUUCUGUUAUCAUAGAGGACCACAAGAUAUUCCAUGGUAUGAGCCUCUCACUAGAUGUCUUUCAAAACUCCCUGUGGAUAUCGGAGGGAAUGUGCUCAGCUGGCCUUCACUGUGGCCUUAUAGGCUUAACGAUUUACCUCCAGUUCUGUCAUUUGAUCCAGAUUUGAGGGAUAUGUUUUAUGAGGACACCAAACAUUGGUCAGUGCUUGUAUCUGAUGUUUAUCUGAAUGCAGCUGCUGUAAACUGGUCAAGUGUGCGGAACAUAAUGGAUAUGAAUGCUGGCUAUGGAGGAUUUGCAGCAGCACUAGUUGAUCUUCCUUUUUGGGUGAUGAAUGUUGUCCCCUUUGAUGCACAAAAUACUCUGUCAGUUAUUUUCGACAGAGGGCUAAUCGGAGUUUAUCACGACUGGUGUGAAUCGUUUAGUACUUAUCCUCGAACAUAUGAUCUAUUACAUUCAAGCUUCCUCUUCAAAAAUCUAACACAAAGGUGUGAUCUCAUAGAUGUAGCUGUGGAGAUGGAUCGGAUGGUGAGACCUGGUGGGUAUGUUUUGGUUCAAGAUACAAUGGAAAUGAUUCACAAGCUUGGUUCCAUAUUGGGUUCUCUUCAUUGGUCCACCAGUCUCUAUGAGAAACAGUUCCUCAUUGCUAAGAAAAGUUUCUGGCGCCCCAGCUGAAGGCAAAGCCAAAGCAAAGAAGAAUAGCUAUUUCCACUUGCGAUUUCCAAAUUGAAGUUCAGUAAGGGGAGAUAAAAGAUCAAAUAAGAAAAAAGAAGAGGCAGAAAAUGAUUCUGUUUUCAUAAUUUUGGCUGAGAAUUAUAAAUCCUAGAUAUUGUUUUUUCUUCACUGGUAUUAUUAAUUGGUAAAAGUGUAAAUCUUACAAACAUAUGAAUGAGGCAUUUAUACAUGGCUUGACUAGAUUUUUAUAUGAUAAA